AACAUUCCUCCUUAGGAGCUGUUUUAACACACAGAGAGAGAGAGAGAGAGAGAGAGAGAGAGAGAGAGAGAGAAAAGAUGGAGUUGGUUCUGAGUUUAGGCGAAGCUUCAAAGCCAUUUCCAUUUGUGGAGAAGACAACUGCUGCAAGGAUGAACAUUAACCCAGGUUUAGGAUUUUGUAUGGCCUUAGGCGUUGUUGAGAUCAAUGGAAGAGAUGCAAUCGGAGAGGAUAAGGAACGAGGAAUUAUCAUCAGAGAUGGGGACGAAAGAGAAAGAAAAAGAGAAAGAGACAGAGAAGAGAAAAGAGUCUCUGCAGAUCCGCCCCUCCAACUUGAUCUUCUCCCUCCUGCUCCUGUGCCUCGUAAUCCACCAUCUUCUUCUUCUUCUUCUUCUCAGUUGGGCUUGCCAUGGCAAACUCGAAAUGGGAAUCAAGAUGCGGCUUCUUCGGCUCUUUUGGGGGCUGCGCUUGCUGGAGGGUUCGAUGUGAAUCGGUUUCCGUCGACGGAGGAAGCCGAUGAUGGGGCGGUAGUAUCUUCUCCUAACAGCACUCUAUCGUCAUUCCAGAUGGAUUUCUCCAUGUGCAGAGGAGGGAGCAGUAGCAACAACAAAAGAUACAGCACUGAACCCACUGACGCCGAUGCCAUUAACGAUAUCGAUACGACUGAGAGAGCUUCCUCGAGAGCGAGUGACGAGGACGAGAACGGCCUCGCUCGAAAGAAGCUCAGGCUCUCCAAAGAACAGUCCGCCUUUCUGGAAGAGAGCUUCAAAGUCCACAAUACUCUCAACCCUAAACAAAAGCUUGCUCUUGCAAAACAGCUCAAUCUUCGACCUCGCCAAGUAGAAGUUUGGUUUCAGAACAGAAGAGCCAGGACGAAGCUGAAACAGACGGAGGUGGAUUGCGAGUAUCUGAAGAGGUGCUGCGAGACACUGACGGAGGAGAACAGAAGACUACAGAAGGAGCUGCAAGAAUUGAGAGCCUUGAAGACUUCCCAUCCCUUCCACAUGCAGCUUCCGGCGACUACCCUUUCCAUGUGCCCAUCAUGCGAGCGAGUGGCCACCGCUUCUACCACCCCCACCCCCACCACCACCACCACCACCACCACCACCACCACCACCACCACCACCGGAAAGACCACCAUAGAUGCCACGUCCAUGAAACCAACUCGCAAACCCACCUCGGCUUUUUCCCUCACAAAACCCAGGUUCUAUCCCUUCUCUAACGCUCAUGCCCACCCGUCCCCUGCUUCAUGAGCGCCACCAUAUCCACCCAUCUGUCCAUCCUUCCAUCAUCCAUCCAUCCAUCUGUGCAUGCCGUUUGUUCUGACAUGGGCUCUUAGCCUCUUUGGUCUGAUGUGUAAAUAUUUCGACUUUUGAGAAAUUUUUUUCCUUUAUGAGAUUUUUCUGAAGAAUACCUUUUUAGUUAGUGGGGUUGUGUUCUUCUAGGGAGAGAUCAUGAAGUUGGGAACUUUUGAUACAUUCUUCGUUUUGGGCCUUUAUUUGGGUAGAAGAUUAGGUUCAGUGAUAGACAGAGACACAUACAGAGACGAGCACAGAGAAUUAGAUCAACAAAUGUU